AUGAGCAUAUCUGCAUGUCAGAAUGACCACGGGAGUUAUGCUCUUAAUGGCACUUCCGUCACUACCAGUGCAGCUAAUAAGACUGUAAACAGCACCUAUAUGAUGGGAUUGGAGGGAUCGCUGCAUACUGAAUCUGUCUCAUCGCAAACCGAAGUGGUGGGUGCAGUAUGGCACUCCAACACGACGAAAAACAAUUUUUUGGAAGGAUUCAGUUCACAACAUUCAGUUUCAACUCGAACUAGUCUUUUGGAAACUUCUGGUUUUCAGCAUUCAACCGUAUCGGAAUUUUGUCUCUCUCAGACUGAUUCAUUUCAUCUCAAUGUUCCUGUACAUGAAGAUGAAGAGCAACUGGAAUCGAUUGUGGAUACUUCCGCUGGAAAGAUAGGAUAUGAAGAGCAAAUGGAGGAAGCUCCGCCUUCAACAAGCUCCGAGACUGUUGACCGAGAUGAAGAUGGAGAAAUUGAUAUUCAAAUCCGGAACGUUGUUUGUAAUUAUACACUUCCACUGCAUAUUGAUCUGCAUCGCGUAGCUUUAAGUUCGGGCAACGUCGCAUUCGAUCGAGGUCGAGGAGUCUUGUUGAAGCAGAAGAGAAACCCUUCGUGUUACGUCAAAAUAUACAGUUCCGGAAAAAUUUAUAUUGUCGGAUGUCGCAGCGAAAGUGAUUGCAAACGUGCUGCCAGAGGUGUUGCGCGCAUGGUCCAAAAAAGCAUGGGCAGGAUGAUGGACGUUGUUCGAAUUCGGAAUUAUCGCGUUUGUAACGUGCUUGCAACUUGCAAAAUGCCUUUUGGUGUGAAAAUUGAAGAACUAGCGCAAAAAUAUCCAGACUGUUCUCAGUAUGAACCGGAAUUAUCAGUUGGCCUCAUAUGGCGUUCUACAAAUCCUCGAGCCACACUCCGAAUUCAUACAACAGGCAGCAUUACCGUUACUGGCGCUGCAUCUGAAAGUGAUGUAAUGAAAGCAAUUGAAGUGAUUUAUCCAAUUAUCAAGGAAUUUCGGUGUGCUUUACGCUUCCGUAAUCCCACCAUCUCGAAGUCUUCACGUAAGAGGAAGCAUGGGGUAUCUAAUAACACCAGCAAAAGACUUCAUGUUAUGCAGCCUAGUUUACAUGGAUUGCAGCGGUUUCCGGGCUCCUCUGGAGUUUUUGGGAACCGAGUUUACUUCAGUGAUGAAGAUGAUGAAGAGGACGAAUUUGAAGACGUUGUCUAA